AUGAAGCCGGCGGCAGCUUUCCUUCCGGCACUCAUCCUCCUCUCCACCCUCGCCUCCGCCGCAUCCCCUCCCCCGCCAGUCCUCGACGCCCGCGGCCACCCCGUCCACUCCGGCACCCUCUACAACAUCCUCCCCGCCGCCGCCGCCGCCGCCCACCACGGCGGCGGCCUGACCCUCGACGUCAUCGCCAACCACAGCCACGCCGCCUGCAAGCUCGGAGUGUUCCAGGACGGGAACCCCUCGUCCCCUGGCCUCCCCGUCAAAAUCUUCCUCGCCGCCGGUGAGGAAGUGCGCGGUCCCUCCUCCGUCCCGACCGCCACGGACGUCAACAUUCAGUUCGCGGCCUCGUCGACCUGCGCCCGGUCCACGGUGUGGAAGCUCGGCCGGUUCGACCGGGACGCGAGGAAGUGGUUCGUGGUGGACGGCGGCGAGAGGGCGAGCACUCCCGGCCGCAGGCCGCCGCCGGAGAGUCUGUUCAAGAUUGUGAAGGAGGGGAAGAAUCAUCAGGUUUUGUUCAAGAUCGUUUUCUGCCCGUCGGCGGCGGCGUGUAAGGACGUGGGGAUUUUUGUGGAUGGGAAGACUGGGUACCGCAGGCUGGCGCUUGUUGACCAUGGGCCUUUGCUGGUCCAAUUUAAGAAGGCCUGA